GGCCGAUUGCACUUCGUGAUCGUUGACUUGCGGCGAACACUUGUCUGGAGAUGGCUUACCGAACCAGUACGAUCACUCUCCUUGUCUUGCUACUGUGGUGCACGGCUAGUGUACACGGCGUAAAACUCCGAGAUCGAGUUGUGUGGGAGCCACGGCUAGCGGGUGACUUCCCAGCCGCAGCUGGCAUCGCCACCACCGAAAGGAGUUCCGUCCAGGAAAAAGUAGCGCGUACCAUUGCCUUCGUGAAGAAAACCAUGAAAUCCUACGCCGCACCAGGCAUUGCCUUGUCCGUGGUCUACGCGAAUGAAACCGUCCUUGCUCAAGGUUUCGGAGUCACCGGGUAUGGCAACCCUAACGCGGCGGUCACACCGCACAGCCUCUUUCAAGUGGGUUCGCUCUCGAAAACUUUCAUUGCCGUCGCCAUCGCCCAUCUCGUGGACAACGGCAGGUUGAACUGGCUCGACCCAGUGCAACGUCACUUGACGUGGUUUCAACUGGCCGAUUCGUACGCUACCAAAUUCACGACGUUGGCGGAUCUCGCGGCGAUGAACUCGGUCUUGGGGGGCCACGAAGGCGAUGACGUUAUCGGUGUGGGGGUGUACGCCACCGAAAAGGACCUCGUCCGUGCCCUUCGGCACUUCAACACUACACGUCAGAUCCGCCCUGGGUACGCCUACAGCAACCUCAACUUCGAGAUCUUGGGCCAAGUGGUCGAAGGUGUAACCGGUCAACCAUGGCACGAGUAUUUGAAAACGACCAUCUGGGAGCCCCUUGGCAUGCACGACACUGUAGGGCGAGCGCUCGACAGCCGCGACCCCAACGUUUUAUCUGGAGGCCACUUCUUCUGCAACGGAACAGUGCUCGGGCCGUACUCCUUGCUCAAUUCCACCAUGAUCAUGAUCCGCCCAGGGGACCACUACAUCGCGGCGGGCUCGAUCUUGUCGUCGCCGUCAGACUUGGCCAAGUUCUCGGCGUUUUUACUGCGCAAAGGGGCUGGUAUCUUUCGUUCUUCGGCUGCCAUCUCCGACUUGAUCACUGGCCACAACGUGGUUCCGAUGCCCCCCGAGGUUGCAACCUUCUCGGGGUACGAGUUUCACCCUGACGGCAACGCCGUUACCGCUGGGUACGGGUUUGACACUGUGGGGGACAUGAUGUAUGGCCAGCAUUACAUGGACAAGGGAGGCGACACAUUUGCGUUUCACACUCGAAACGGAUGGUUGCCGUCGCUCGGGCUGGGGGUGAUCUUGGUGGCCAACGCCCAAUCGUUCAGUGGCCGCCUCAGUGACAUUGCCACGCUGGAUCUCAUGCGAACAUACAUUGUCGGCAUCUUCCUGGAUAUUUCCACGGAAACGCUGGACCGGCAAUUCCACGAGUCGCUAGCCAAAGUCGACGCGUUGUUCCCGCCCUCGCCCUGCGAUGCCCACUACUACGGGGGAAUUCCAUGGGACAUUCCUGGCGUGGAUAUCCCACACGCGACGAAAGAGGCCCUUGUGGGGACGUAUCGUGCCGUCAACUCACCAGAGUACUACGGACCGCUCGUGGUGACUUUGCACGGAGCGGACCUUUGGAUGCAGUACGGCGUGUACAAACGACGACUAGUGGCUUCGAGAGACCCUACGAUGCUGACGUGGACGCUUGAAAUGGGUGACUUUACAGCCACGGUGCAGGUCGCACUUGGCACUAGGCCUCGGAUCAUGUAUAGCAGCAUCGAGUUUGUUCACAAUUAGUAGUGGUGCUUGGCUCUAUGAGGAUUAACCAUCCAACGAGAACUCGACGACUGCCACUCGAGAGCACGACGUGCCCAUAUUGUAGUCCUUGA